UUAUGACGGUGGAUAGUAUAACACAAGGCUGCGAUGUUUAACAUGCUUUUUAGCCACUGUUUAAAUGGAGUGAAUUUCAACUGGAGCCUGUACUGACAGUGUGUAAGUGACACAGGUCCCGAAUGACUGGUACUUGCUUUCGGGUAACCGAUUGUCCCUGUCUUCCGCGUGUUCAGUAUGCUCGCCGAGGUGGGUGAUGAGUGCAGAAAUGGCCCUGGACCCGACUGGGCCUUGGUUCAAACUCGUCCUCCUUGGGGAGGCUGGUGUCGGCAAGACGUCCGUAUUCCAUCGGCUCAGAGACGGCAUGUUUCGCUCCCCACAAAAGCCUACAAUCUGUAUUGACAGUUGUACCAGAGCUGUUCAGAUCGGCGAUCAAGUCGUUAAGUUGACAAUAUGGGAUACAGCUGGAGUAGAAAGGUUCCGAACUUUGACCCGGAACUACUACCGGAACGCUCAUGGUGCCAUCUUGAUGUACAGUGUCGCUGAUCCAUUCAGCUUACCUCCGUUAUCCAGGUGGGCUCAGGACGUCCAUUCCUUCUGUCCGCUAGCUCUUAAGUUCGCCUGGGGGAACAAAGCGGAUUUGGAUGAGAAUGUGAGCCGUGAGAGAGCGAGGGAGUUAGCGGAGACCUGCCAGUGUGAUUCUCUCUUCCUAACUUCCGCUAAGACAGGUAAGGGAAUCGAAUCUGCGCUGAAAACAAUUGCGGAAAAACUGUUGGAUCACUACGAUCGUCGAGCAAGAAAGGAAUCCAUGAACAUCUUUGAUGACAGCAUUGACAUCAACAAAAACCAAAAGUCUCAAUCAUCUUGUUCUUGCUGAUAUCAGAAGUCGUUACCGUGUGAAUAAUCUCAAGACUUCCCAGGAAGUGGUGUAAUUUUGACACUUGCUCUUCGUGACACCCACAGAAAGCGACAAUUUGGCUUAAAUAGGGCUACAGUGUGCAAUAUACAUUUUCAAAAACUUUUCUUCAACUUGACGUCAACGCUUUUCACAUUGAACAUUAAUUGUUAAAACUCUUUGUUUUCCCUGUCCCCUACAAAGCAACGAAAAUAAUGAAUUUUUUCUAUGCAAAGCCACACAAUAGCUUUAAUAAUAAACAGUCUUCUAUGUUGGCAUUAUAUGAUGCAUACGGUAAGAUAUCUUGCCAUACGAUGUGGCCAUACGAUGUGGCCAUACGAUGUGGCCCAUACCAUGAAAGCAUUUGCCCAGAGGCCUUUGACAGAUGGUUUAGCAAUAUGAAGAGACAAAGUGAUUCAGUUUUGGUAAUAACUGCAUGGUAGUUAAUUGGAUUGUCAUUUUCAGUUGUUGAUGUACAAGUAAUUAUGAUUUAUUUAUUUUUGCUCAGUAAACUGAUAUAGUUUACUUAUUUCACAUAUACAUCGGCAUUCAGGAUGUUAUUGGUGUAAGAAACAGGGCAUAACCCGGAGGAACAGUCGUAUCUGGGCAGGUACAAGAUAAUCAUCAUGAUUGGUGAAGGCCUACAAUGGACUCAGUCAGAGAGGGCCCUUGCCGGCCAUCAUUGUGAACGACUACCCGCCAGGAAGAAGCCAUCUCGGUCAGAGAGGGCCCUUGACGGGCAUCAUUGUGAACGGCUACCCGCCAGGAAGAAGCCAUCUCGGUUAGAGAGGGCCCUUGACGGGCAUCAUUGUGAACGGCUACCUGUCAGGAAGAAGCCAUCUCGGUUAGAGAGGGCCCUUGACGGCCAUCAUUGUGAACGGCUACUCGUUCUCGGGCAGAACCCACCUCGGUGAGAGGGCCUUUACCGGCCAUCAUUGUGAAGGGUUAUUCGUCCUUAGGAAGAACCCGUCUCGGUGAGAGGGCCCUUACCGGCAAUCGUAGUGAACGGCUACUCGUUCUCAGGAAUAACCCUUCACGGUGAGAGGGCCCUUACCGGCCAUCAUUGUGAACGGCUACUCGUCCUCAGGAAAAUUGUUUCUCGUUCAGAGGGCCCUUACCGGCCACUAUAGUGAAUGGCUACAGUGGUCUCGCUCGGAGAGAGCCCUUACCGGCCAUCAUAGUGAAUGGCUAUAUUCCGAGCGGUUCGGAUAUGCUCCACCUGCCUGUGAAAGUGCAUGUCCCCUGUCAUAUAAGUGAAGUACUGUGAACCUGUGAGUUAAAACCCAUCCUACCAGAAUGGAAACCACCCGAGCUAGUGCCCUUCGUUGCCUGUGAUAGGAAUAGAUUGAGUUGGGCAGCAUGAAUAAGCUCGACAGAAAUACCGUGCUUUAUUUGUGGUGUGUAGUUAUUCUACACUAUAAUGUCCAGUUUGUUGAAAGGCUGUAUCAAAAAGACAAAAGGCUACACGUUGUAAGUUCAGUAUGGAUGUUUAACCCACUGGGGAGGAGUACAAUAAAACAACGAAUACA